AUCAUAAUUUAUUAAUCACUGUGUAUAAUAUAAUAUUUCCGAUGCUAUUACAACUCACAUUAUCAUGCUAUAGUAAAUGUUAUUUUGUUCGCAGUUAAAAUGAAAUUCCUGCUGAUAUCUGCUGCCCUCGUGGCCGUCGCUGUCGCGGCACCCAAUCGCAUGUUUGAUCCCACCCAGGUCGUCCCCAACCCCAACCCCAUCAUCAUUGGUGGGCCAGCUAUAAUUGACCAAUCACCAAUCGCUCCAAGCCCCAUUAUGCCAGUCCCCAUUGUACCAAGCCCUAUCGUACCAAGCCCUAUCGUACCAAGCCCUGUAAUCAUCGAUGGACAAUUUGAGCCUAUUCAAGUAGGACCAGCUGUCAUUGAGCACAACCCAAUCAACCCCAGCCCCGUUGUUAUUCAACCUACGCCGACCCCAGAAGCUCCAUCUUCUAACAGCGCCCUCGUUCAAAUCAUUCUGAACAUUCAGCAAUAACUGUUUAAUUUAAAAAAACUUUAAAAUACAGACAUCUGUAGACGAUUUUUUGUAAGCAUUUGACCCUUAACUCGUUUUAAUAUUAAGAACAGAUGAAGUAGAUUUAUAGAAUAAGAUGACCUAGUAUGAUUAAUAGGAACACAAAGUUGUAAUGUUUAUUUUAAUUAAAAUCAACCUAAAAACUUUGAAUAACUAUAUUUACGUCUACUAUAUUAACGAUCUGAUCUAUAUGCCAAUCAUCAAGCAAUGUUUCCCGGAAAUUGUUACCCAAUUGU